ACGCCCAAAGUAGGUGCGAUUCCCCCACCCCCGCGCUGCCCCCGCUGUGCACGAAAGGGGCCUGCUUGGCUGCCCUGUGCUAUUGAUUGCUACCGCUCUUGGGUUUGGAAGUCCUGAGUGCAAUCACACAGGCUCCGCGGGCCCCGAAAACCCGGACGGGCUCUCCCUCGGCCUUGAUUGGGAGCACUGCACAGACACCAACUGAACAUCUAGGCUCAGCCUCUUCUCAGGACAUGGACAGUGCCUAUGGUGAUUCUCUGCAAGGAGAGUGCCUCAGAAAGCCAGACAGAAAGCGGCUCAAGCUCUAUGGAGUGGGGGACCCUGUGGCCAUGUUCUCCUCUGAUAGUUCCUGCCUGUCCUCUAGAGGAAGAGUCAGCAAAUGGUUCUGGGACUCAGCUGAGGAGGGCUACAGAACCUACCAUAUGGACGAGUAUGAUGAAGACAAGAACCCCAGUGGCAUCAUUAACUUGGGCACCAGUGAGAACAAACUCUGCUUUGACCUUCUGUCCAGGCGGCUGACACAGAAUGACAUGCUUCAUGUGGAGCCCUCGCUGCUGCAGUACCCGGACUGGAGGGGACAUCUGUUCCUGCGGGAAGAAGUGGCAAAGUUCUUGUCUUUCUACUGUAAGAGCCCGGCGCCCCUCAAACCAGAGAACGUGGUUGUUCUGAAUGGCUGCGCCUCGCUCUUUUCCGCUCUGGCCACAGUGCUCUGUGAGGCAGGAGAGGCUCUCUUGAUCCCCACCCCUUACUAUGGAGCCAUUACCCAGCAUGUCUAUCUCUAUGGCAACGUCCGACUAGCCUAUGUCUACCUGGAGAGCGAGGUAUCUGGAUUGAACACACGUCCCUUCCAGCUCACAGUGGAGAAGCUGGAGUUGGCCCUGCAAGGAGUUAAUUCUGAGGGUGUCAAGGUCAAAGGCCUCAUCCUCAUCAACCCCCAGAACCCUCUGGGUGACAUCUACUCCCCUGAAGAGCUACAGGAGUUCCUGGGAUUUGCCAUGAGGCACCAGCUUCACGUGAUCAUGGAUGAGGUUUACAUGUUGUCCGUGUUUGAAGAGUCUCUUGGGUACCGGAGUGUCCUGAGCCUGGAAAGGCUGCCUGACCCCCAGAGAACACACGUGAUGUGGGCCACCAGCAAGGACUUUGGGAUGUCUGGACUCCGCUUUGGCAUCCUGUACACAGAAAAUCGGCAUGUGGCUACUGCUGUGGCCUCCCUCUGUCGCUACCAUGGCCUCAGUGGCCUGGUCCAACACCAGAUGGCACAGCUGCUCCGGGACCAUGACUGGAUCAGCCAGGUGUACCUGCCAGAAAACCACGCCCGGCUCAAGGCUGCCCAUACCUAUGUCUCAGAGGAGCUCAGAACCCUGGGGAUACCCUUCGUGAGUCGUGGGGCAGGCUUCUUCAUUUGGGUUGACUUAAGAAAGUACCUGCGCAGAGGUACCUUUGAGGAGGAGGGGCUGCUCUGGCGCCAGUUUUUGGACAACAAGGUGCUGCUCUCCUGCGGGAAGACCUUCGAGUGCAAAGAACCCGGCUGGUUCCGGGUGGUCUUCUCAGACCAGGAGAACCGGCUCCGCCUGGGAGCCAAGUACCCAGCUCAUGUGAGCAGGCCAUUGCCUCACAAGCACCCUGACUACCUGGACAAGAAAGGCCACGGGAGAUUAAAUGUGAAUGUGCCGUUUGUCGACAGGACUUGUCACUUGGCUUUGGCCUUGAAGAGCCGUUUCCUGCCCUCCCUGCUGGCAGUGUGAAGCUGUUUAAACUGAUGUUAUUCUGGGCUGUUGCUGCCCUCUGUUCAGUGGGACUGGGACCAGCCAGAUGCCUGUGCUGUCAGUGGUGUACAGGGUAGGGAGUCCUGACUGUUCCGAACCACAGCUCCUCUCUAGGACAAGAGUAAACAAGCAACUGUUCAUUCUUUGUGAUGGUGCCUUCAUGCCUUCCUUGUUGCCAGGGAAACAAGCCAGAGGAACUGUGCACAUACCCACACACACAGUGAUAGCAUUCCAAGGUGUAUGGGGUGAAUUUCGUUUGUUCGGGCUUGGGUGCCCAGAACAGGCCUCAGCUUGGGAUGCAGAGAGCAGAACUCCAUGGUGGGAAAGGAGUAGCUCCUCAGUAGAGCUAAAAUGCCCCAUCAAGUUCUAAAACACACCUCCACUUACCUAGGAAGAGGGUACCUUCACUGGCUCCCUCAGCAGUAGCCUGGCAAUGGCUGGAGAGGAGGCCCAGUGGUUAAGAGCACUUGCUGAUCUUCAGAGGACAGGAGUUCAGUUCCCAGAGCUCACAGCGGGCAGCUUAUGGCACAUGUGUGCCUGUGCAUGCACACACGCACACACACACACACAAAUAAAAUCAUAAAAAGGAAUCUCAGGUGUACCAUUCAUUUGUCCAUUGCUUUCUGCCAUUUUUUUGGUUGGUCUGUACAUUCCCAUUUUUCUAUUUUGUGGUUUUCCCUCUCAUUGGCUUAUUUUUCUCCCUUUUCUUAGAUUUUUCUGGGUUUCCUCCUGUCUUAUGGUUUUUAUUGCUGUGAAGAGACCAUGAGCUUGGCAACUUUUAUAAAGUAAAACAUUUAAGUAGGGAGGCUCGCUUACAGUUUCAGAGGUUCAGUCCAUUAUCAUGGUGUGCUGUGGGACAAUGGCCUUUUAUCCUGUCACUUGUAUUAUUUUAAUAAAGCACUGAUUGGUCAGUAGCCAGGCAGGAAGUAUAGGCGGGGUGACCAGGCAGGAAGUAGUAGAGGUAGGGCAAUGAGAACAGGAGAAUUCUGGGAAGAGGAAAGAGUCAGUCUGCAGUCAUCACCGAGCCACAGAGGAAGCAGGAUGAGAAUGCCUCACUGCUAAAGGUACCAAGCCACGUGGCUAACACAGACAAGAAUUAUGGGAUAAUUUAAGAUGUAAGAAUUAGUUAAUAAGAAGCCUGAGCUAAUAGGCCAACCAGUGUUAUAAUUACUGUAAGCCUCUGUGUGUUUCUUUGGGGCUGAAUGGCUGUGGGAUCGGGCAGGACAGAAACCUCUGUCAGCAAUGGUGGGGAACAUGGUGUGCAGGCAGACAUGGUGCUGGAGCUAAGAGUGCUAGCUACAUCUUGCAGGCAGCAGGAAGCUUGAGCAAAAAAGACCUCAACACCUGCCUCCACAGUGACACACUUCCUCCAAGGGAGCGUAACUCCUCAUAGUGCCACUCCCUUUGGGGGCCAUUUUCUUUCAAACCACCACAUUCCCUUUCCUGGCCCCCAAAGGCUUAUUGCCAUAUCAUAAUGCAAAAA